AUGCAAGAGGAGCAACAGCCUGAGGCUGCUGCAGAUCCAAUGCCUUCCUCUGAUGCACCAGAAGAUGGCCCAAAGGAAACAUCAAGUGUAUCACAGAAUAUCUCUGAUGCAGAUGCAUUUAAAAUUCUCUUGGAGAUGAAGAUGAAGAAGAGGCAGAAGAAGCCUGCUUUACCAAGCACUGUGACUGAGCUUGGCACUGAGGAUGGUUCUAAAGUAUACGUGGUUGGGACAGCCCACUUCAGUGACAGCAGCAAAAAGGAUGUAGUGAAGACAAUACAAGAAGUACAGCCAGAUGUAGUUGUGGUGGAACUAUGCCAGUACAGAGUUUCCAUGUUAAAAAUGGAUGAAAAGACAUUACUAAAAGAAGCCAAAGAAAUAAAUCUGGAAAAACUUCAACAAGCUAUAAAGCAGAAUGGAGUCAUGUCUGGAUUGAUGCAAAUGCUGCUUCUGAAAGUUUCUGCUCACAUCACAGAACAGCUGGGAAUGGCCCCAGGAGGAGAAUUCAGGGAGGCUUUCAAAGAGGCCAGCAAGGUACCUUUUUGUAAAUUCCAUCUUGGAGACCGACCCAUCCCUGUUACAUUUAAGAGAGCAAUUGCUGCACUUUCUUUCUGGCAAAAAGUCAAGCUUGCCUGGGGCCUUUGCUUCUUAUCUGACCCAAUCAGUAAAGAUGAUGUGGAGAAAUGCAAACAGAAGGAUUUACUGGAGCAGAUGAUGGCAGAAAUGAUUGGAGAAUUCCCUGAUCUUCAUCGAACGAUUGUCUCAGAACGAGACAUUUACUUGACCUACAUGCUGAAGCAAGCAGCAAAGCAGAUUGAACUACCUCGAGCUUCAGAAACUGAACCUAGAAAAUACAUCCCAGCUGUUGUAGUUGGUGUUGUUGGGAUGGGUCAUGUACCUGGAAUUGAAAAGAACUGGAACUCUGACUUAAACAUCCAGGAAAUAAUGAGUGUGCCUCCUCCAUCAGCUUCAAGUAAGAUUUUCAAAUUUGUCAUAAAAGCAACAGUUUUUGGACUGAUGGGAUAUGGCUGCUAUCGAAUAGGUCAAAGGACAGUUCAAUUUAUCCUCUCAAUGCCAGCAGCACAGAGCUAUCUUCAGAACCUGACAGAAAUAAGAUCUCAACAUUGAACAUCGAG